UUCGUCGUCAAGCACUAGAGUAGCACUCGCCACCUACCCGCCCUUAUCGUCUUCUCCAAAGGAGUAAUUACCAAGAUCUGAGCUGUCUAAAGCCUGCGAUUCUCCUUUCUCACUCUAUAUAUCUCUCUUUCUCUCUCGAGUCUUCUCUAUUUUGAAUGGUUGAAAGCCUUCGAAUCCGACGAGCAAUAUAGAGAUUAGAGACUACAGAAACAAGGAGUGACUAAAUUACGGAGAUCUGAACUCUGCUGCUUCUACUUCUACUAUUCUUCAGUUCUUGAUCUGCUUAGGAUCUUUGGGUAUGGAGAGUUGUUGUUACUUUGAAGAUUUGAGAACUAAGAAGAAGAAGAUGUUAUUAGGAAGAAGCUCUGUCUCUGUGAUCGUUAGUAUUUGGUUAAUAAGUCUGAGCGGCUUCGUAGCUUUCGCAUUCGGAGCGAUGACCACUCGUCUACCUGAUGACGAAGUGAAUGCUUUGAAGGAGAUAGCAAAAUCUAUGGGGAAGACAGACUGGAAUUUCAGUGUGGAUCCAUGUAGCGGUGAAUCGGGAUGGGCGACGGCUAAUCCAGUGAAGGGAUCGGAGAAUGCCGUCACCUGCGACUGCUCUUUUGCUAAUGCCACUGUUUGUCACGUCGUCAGUAUCGUUCUCAAAUCUCAGAGCCUACCAGGCGUCCUCCCCGUAGAAGUGAAGCUUCCGUACCUCCAGGAACUUGAUCUCAGUCGCAACUACCUUAACGGUACAAUCCCUGCAACAUGGGCUUCCUUACCAUUGGUGAACAUCUCUCUUCUUGGAAAUCGAUUGUCGGGUCCAAUCCCAAAAGAACUUGGGAACAUGGCCACUCUCAGAAACCUGACCCUCGAGGCCAACCAGCUCUCUGGACAUCUUCCUCUAGAACUUGGCAAAUUGGUCGACACAGAGAAAAUUCUUCUUUCCUCGAAUUAUUUCACGGGGCCAUUGCCAGAGACACUUGCAAAUUUAACCAACUUGAGGGAUUUUCGGAUAAGUGGUAACAACUUUACUGGAAAGAUACCCAGUUUUAUAAAGAACUGGACAAAACUUGAAAAAUUAGUCAUACAGGCUAGCGGAUUGGAAGGGCCAAUUCCCCCUGAAAUUUCUGCUUUGGUAUAUUUAACUGACUUGCGGAUCAGUGACAUAAAUGGAACUGAAAUGGAGUUUCCUCCAUUGAGUAACAUGUCAAUCUUGAAGAAUCUAAUAUUGAGGAGUUGCAAUAUUAUCGGGCCACUACCUGAUUAUCUCGGUGGAAUGACAACACUCAAAAUGUUAGAUCUCAGCUUUAAUAAGCUGGUUGGAGAAUUUCCAAGCACUUUUGGUGGAUUGUCAAAAGUAAAUUUCAUGUAUCUAACUGGAAAUUUGUUAAAUGGUACUGUUCCUGACUGGAUGAAGAAAGGCAGAAACAUUGAUCUUUCCUACAACAACAUUUCAUUGGGAAGCUCAGGAGUGUCUACUUGUCAACAGAGUAAUGUAAAUUUGUUUGGAAGCUCUUCAUUGGGUAAAACCUCAAGUGGAGUUGUUCCCUGCUUGAAGAGCCUUACCUGCUCACGGAAGGGGUAUUCAUUUCAUAUAAAUUGCGGUGGAAGAGAAGUAAUUGUCAACGGAAAUACCACUUAUGAAGAUGAUCUGGAUUCUGCUGGUUCUUCAAAGUUUUUCCAAAGUAGAUAUAAUUGGGGAUUUAGCAGUACAGGAAAUUUUAUGGACAAUGACAACAAUUUUGAUGACUAUAUAACUACAAAUGUAUCCAAGCUCUUGAUGACCAACUCUCAAUUGUACACAACAGCACGUCUCUCUCCUCUUUCUUUCACUUACUAUGGAUUCUGUCUACUGAAUGGAAACUACACUGUGAACCUCCACUUUGCGGAAAUCAUGUUUACAAAUGAUCAAACUUAUAGCAGCCUAGGGAGGCGCAUAUUUGAUGUCUAUAUUCAGGGACAAUUGGUGCUGGAGGAUUUCAAUAUAGUAGAUGAAGCUGGUGGAGUUGGGAAGGCAGUUACAAAAAACUUUAGUUCAGUUGGUGUAACAAGUGGGACAUUAGAAAUCCGGUUCUAUUGGGCAGGGAAAGGGACAAUAGCAAUCCCUUACAGGGGGACCUAUGGUCCUCUCGUAUCAGCUAUCUCGGUGGAUCCUGAGUUUAUCCCUCCUUCGGAAGGUGGAAAAAUAUCUACAGCUGCUGUUGUUGGGAUUGUUGUGGCUUCAGUGGUAGGCCUUAUCUUUGUGGUUUUCGGAAUUCUUUGGUGGAAAGGCUGUCUGGGGCGUAAAGCCAUGAUGGACCAAGAGCUGAGAGGUCUAGACCUACAAACUGGUUCCUUUACCUUGAGGCAAAUCAAAGCUGCCACGAACAACUUUGAUCCUGCAAACAAGAUCGGAGAAGGUGGUUUUGGAUCUGUUUAUAAGGGCCUAUUAUCAGAUGGCACCAUAAUAGCAGUUAAGCAACUUUCUUCCAAGUCAAAGCAAGGAAAUCGUGAGUUUGUGAAUGAGAUAGGCAUGAUUUCUGCUCUUCAACACCCUCAUCUUGUGAGGCUUUAUGGAUGUUGUAUUGAAGGAAAUCAAUUGUUACUCGUUUAUGAGUACAUGGAAAAUAACUGCCUUGGUCGUGCUUUGUUUGGUUCAGAAGAAUGUCAACUGCAAUUAGAUUGGCCUACGAGACACAAGAUCUGCAUUGGGAUAGCAAGAGGUUUAGCUUACCUCCAUGAAGAAUCUAGACUGAAGAUUGUUCAUAGAGACAUCAAAGCUACUAAUGUUUUGCUUGAUAAAAAUCUUGACCCCAAGAUAUCUGACUUUGGCUUGGCCAAGCUUGAUGAAGAGGACAACACUCACAUCAGCACACGGAUUGCUGGAACUUUAGGAUAUAUGGCACCAGAGUACGCCAUGAGAGGUUAUCUGACUGAUAAAGCAGACGUUUACAGUUUCGGGGUUGUUGCCUUGGAAAUUGUCAGUGGGAAGAGUAACACCAGCUUCAGGCCAAAGGAGGAAUGUGUGUACCUUCUAGAUUGGGCCCUCGUUCUGAAAGAAAGAGGAAACUUACUGGAAUUAGUGGAUCCAAAGUUGGGUUUGGAUAUCAACAUGGAGGAGGUGUUGGGGAUGAUAAAUGUGGCUUUACUAUGCACUAAUGCAUCUCCAACUCUUAGACCUACCAUGUCAGUUGUGGUAAGCAUGCUUGAAGGCAGAGCUGCAGUUGGGGAGUUUGUUCCAGAUUCGGGUAUUUCUGUUGAAGAUAUGAGAUUUAAGGCCAUCAGGAGGAGUCAUACUCAAUAUGGCCAAGAUCAGAUCAAAAGUGAGAGCUUCACCCAUACUAACACUAUAGAUGGGCCAUGGACUGGGUCUUCCUUAUCUGUUCCUGAUCUUUACCCAAUGAGUCCUGAUUCCCAAUACUGGGAUGACAGAAAUAGCCUACUGUAGACACUGGUUUCUUUUUUUUCUUCUUCAUGUAGUUUAGAAAUACUGGUUUUGUAAUAUAUUUUUUGUUGAACACAUUUCUGGUUUCUUUUUUUUCUUCUUCAUGUAGUUUUGAAAUACUGGUUUUGUUUUAUAUUUUUUCUUGAACACAUUUCUGUAAUGAUCGGUGAUUUUGUAUUCCAUCACAACAGACAAAUGUACAGUUGGUUUUGGAAAAUGUAUGAAAAUUUGCUUAGCAUUCAUUUAUUAUUAAAA